CGACACGUCGUUUAGAACUGUUGAAGGUUUCGAAUGAGUCGAAUCGAUAGAUCCUCGCCUUCUAAAUUAGAGAGAGAAGAAAGGUUGGGAACUAACGAGUUGAGCAGAGAACUCACUGAGUUGAAUUUCAAUCCCAAAAGCAGAGAGAGAGAGAGAGAGAGAGAGAGAGAAUGAACCAGAGCCAGCAAUCGAGCGAUGGGAGGCACGAAGACGAUACAUCCCUCACCGAGUUCUUGGCAUCGUUAAUGGACUAUACCCCAACUAUACCUGACGAGCUUGUGGAGCAUUACCUUGCCAAGAGUGGGUUUCAGUGUCCCGACCUUCGAUUAAUCAGGCUGGUGGCCGUUGCCACACAAAAAUUUGUCGCAGAGGUUGCUACUGAUGCUCUACGGCAAUGCCAAGCAAGACAGGCAUCAGUUGUCAAGGACAAACGGGAUAAACAGCAAAAGGAGAAGCGCCUUACAUUGACAAUGGAGGACUUGUCGAAAGCAUUGCGAGAGCAUGGUGUAAAUGUGAAGCACCAAGAAUAUUUUGCCGACAAUCCUUCGACCGGGAUGGAUCCCGCUUCAAGAGAUGAAUGAAUGAAUGAAUUAAUGCAUGUUUGUUGUGGCUGGAUCAACAUUCAACAGUCCAUUUAGUUACUCUUUGUGGCUUUGGAGAAAAGUCACUGCUAUUAAAACUAAAAUGUGCCCAACUCACUUAUUAGUAAUGUUUGAAUUUUGUACAAUUGUGUUUCAUAUUGUGGAUAAUAUAUAUUUGAUUUCUUAGAUCACUUCUUGUAUUUCCAGAGCUUAGCAUAACAGAUCAAGAUCUCUAUGGCCUCCUCCUUUAAAAUAUUUUUCGAGUGAUGAAUCAUCAAAUUAGAGACCCAAAAACUAUGUUAGGUUGAUCAAUCUAACACUUGCCAAGUUUCAGUAUGUUCUAUUAUCUUUUUAGGGCACAUUUGAUAAGGAGAUUGUAUUGUAUUCAAUAGUAAAAUAGUAUGUAAACAAACUAGUUGCACUAUUCAAUACAUGAUAAUGGUCAAUAUUAGUUUGUAUUGUAA